AGCCCGGUGCUCCUUCCUCCCCCGACCUCCGAGGCGAAAUGGUUUUGCCUAAAGGCCCUCCUUCCGACCACGUGGGCCGCAGAAACCACGCUUUUUGAUCCUUGGGGAGCGGUUUCGUUCUAGAAGCUGAGUUCCUAGGCUGUGGUUUGUAGUUUGUCGGGGGACCGUUUGUGGCGCGUUUCCCGCCGAGGUGGUCGUGUCUCCACCCCCUAACGCCCAGGGAGGCUCUCUUAGGCCCGGGUUCUGAGCGCCAUGGCUCCCCGCGGGAGAAAGCGGAAAGCCGAGGCCGCGGUGGUGGCGACAGCGGAGAAGCAGGAGAAGCUGCAGAACGGCGGGGAGGGAGUGAAAGAGGCCAGCAUGGUUAUCGAGCACUGCACUAGCUGACGCGUCUAUGGGCGCAACGCCGCGGCCCUGAGCCAGGCGCUGCGCCUGGAGGCUCCAGAGCUUCCAGUGAAGGUGAAUUCUGCCAAGCCUCGGAGAGGCAGCUUCGAGGUGACGCUGCUGCGCCCGGAUGGCAGCAGUGUGGAGCUCUGGACAGGAAUUAAAAAGGGACCUCCACGCAAAUUAAAAUUCCCUGAGCCUCAAGAGGUGGUGGAAGAGUUGAAAAAGUACCUGUCCUAAGGCGGUUUGAACCAUUCCUCAUGCUGAGCUUUUCCUGGUGAUGUUGAAGGGACAUUUAUGAUGGGACAUGGCCAAACUUCAGUCAUGUGCCUGAAGCCAAGGUUUCUUCCCCUCCAGAAAUGGUUUGGUUGUGAGGCAACCCUUUAGUAAGGCAUUGGAAGUUA